AUGACGGAAAUCAGCGACGAUCAGCCUUGGAACGGCACCGAGACGGAGAAAGGUGAUCUGCGCGAGAGCGGGGAAGACCCCGGGAACGUGACGUCACCUGGAGGAACUCCCCUCUCCAUCCCGCAGGCUGCCGCCGCGCUGCUCCCGCACACAUCGAGCCACAGACGUGCGCACGGACCCCGGAGGUCGAGCCCGGACAUGGUUUCAUUCGGCUCCGAGACGGUCCACAAGAGGCGACGCUCCAAAGGCGCGUCUCCACGAGCAGAGGCGCUCACACCGGCGCAGCAGCGGCAGACAGCCCGGCACAGGAAACAAAAACUCAUGUCCAGACUGGGCGACUCCGGCUUUGAGGAAGACUUGAGAACCUCUCCGGUUUCUUCCGCGGCUCGGAUCGACGUCUCCCCAGAGCCUGCGCCCGGACAGCCGUCCAGCUGGUACCUCCAGUACGGAGACAUCGGGUUCAAGAUCCAGAGGGAGAAAGAGGCGCAGUUUCAUCCCUGUCAAAGCCUGGCACACCAGCCACAAUUGACUGCAGAGGCACGCUGUAAGCUGGUCAGCUGGCUCAUCGGAGUACACAAACAUUAUGGUCUGUCCUUCGAGUGCUGCUGCCUGGCGGUGAGCAUCGUGGACAGGUUCCUGGCAGCCACACCAGUUGCUGCAGACUGCUUUCAGCUCCUGGGCGUCACUGCACUUCUCCUUGCCAGUAAACAGGUGGAGGUGUGCUCACCACGAAUCAGCCAUCUCUUGUCACUGUGUUGUGGUGCUUUCACUAAGGAGCAGCUCUGCAACUUGGAGUGUCUCAUCCUGGUCCGUCUUAACUUCAGUUUCGCUGCACCCACUCUGGCCUUUUUCCUGGACUAUUACACCAGCUGCAUGGAGUCUGUUCAACCUGUGGCCGAAGAUAAAAGCGAUGAUAGGCUUUUAGGAAAUGAUCCAGACAGAAAGAGUCCCAGGCAGUGCAGUAAACUUGCACAAAAGGUGUGCGAGCUGAGUCUGGCAGAUUAUGCUUUCAACAGGUACCCACCGUCUCUGACUGCCAGCUGUGCACUGAAACUAGCCAGCGAACUACUCAAGACCGAACAGGACUUUCCAGAACACACCGCCGUUCUCCUCCAGGAAGACCACUUGGACCGUGUUGUGAAUGAACUAUGUCCAACUCCAGUUUCUGUACAUUCAUGUGUAGAUCUGGAGAGCCACAGCUACAGUCUCUUCCAGGAAUGCAAAGACAACUUGAAGUUGUUGGUAUCACUGAACCAGGAGACAUUAGAUGUAAUGUCUUCCAUGUAG